GGCAAAGAUUUAAACCUUGUGUAUCCUGGCGGAAGAACUUUGCUGACUAAGGCCAUUGAAGACAAUGAGGCCCUGUCCACUGUAGAAGCAAUCAUACAUGCAGAAGCUAAUGUUGACGUUCAAAAUAUGCAAGGAAAAACGGCACUGGUGGUGGCGAUAAGGGUUAGAAGACCUGACGUUCUCAGAGUACUGUUAGAAUCCGGUUCCAAUCAAGAUUUGUGAACUACAAAAAUAGUUCAGCAGUGUCACAAUGUUUGAAAGAAGACCUGUUUAGCUACUUGCAGAUUUUGUUGGAACAUGUAAGAGGAGCCGUUUCUAUCUGUCAGAAGGUCAACGAAAUCACCAUAUUUAUAAUGCAAAGUAACAAGAAUUCCACAGCUAAAAGUCGAUCCCACAAUGGAUUCACAGAUUUAACAGUAGAGCCAGAUUUAGUUUCAUCCAUUAAAAACAGUUGCAACGUAAACAGCACUGACGAAACGGGCACCACGCCAUUGAUGUACGCGGUUAAGCGCCACUACGAUGAUUGCGUUCGACUUCUGCUGCUGGCUGUAGCAGAUGUGAAUAGGAUUAACAAGAACAAAGGAAACGCGCUCUCACACUUGCCAUGCUCAGAGGUUCCAACCCUAUUGUUAAAGAUCUAA